AUGGGCGUCGUCAUCAGCGGCGCGCACUAUUACGACACGUUUGAUCGCAAAUCGACCCCACUCAUCGACUUGCACAGCAGAAAAGAGCCCAAUCGCUCCACCACUGAGACACUGGGACUGACAGACUUUCUCGAUCGAGCCAACGUACGUCGCGUCGACCUCCUCUCUGGGUUACCAGUAGAGACGCUAUCGCAACCCGUUAACCUCAUGGUUGACGUUAUGGCACCGCUUUGUACAGACUCGUGGGAGACCAAGGCUCAGCUGUUGUUUGGCAACUAUUUCCCUGCUAUUCGUCAUGAAUUUUGUCGCGAUUUUCACGAAUUGUUUCCAAGGGAUCGAUUUUUUAACCAUCACUGUCAUAAACAUGUCGAAGUCUACUUAGACCACUUUAAUGACGAGCUGGUGGUGCGUAAGAUCAUGAAAAACGUGCAGGAAGGUUACAUGCAGUUGGAGCUUGAUGGGUACACUGAUGAAGUGGCUGACGCGAUCGUGGGUCGAUACAGUAAAGGGAUUGCGGUCGAUGACGUUAUCGCUUUGCUACCAUCUUCUUUCGAUGCUGACCACGUGGCUUUAGUUGAUGCUCUUGGCGUUAGCGCUUUGCUUAACUAUUAUUUGGAGUCUCAAGAGCUGACGAUGGGGACAAAUGUGAACGGAGAAGCUGCCAUUUCAGCUGAAGUGACUCACGCCACUGCCGCGUAUUUUACGCCGGAUUUUCUGUCGACUACCGUUGGGAUGAACUUCCUGUCGACUACACACUUGGCGUUCUUCUGGGAGUGCUCAAUCUUACACACGUCGAUGGACAAGACGAUGAGAGUAGACGACGUAAACGCGUCUGCACUGAAACAAUGUGGUAGGGAAGUGGCCCGACAUCUGCCGAUUGUUAUUGCAAAUCUCAUGUUUCUCUUUCAAUCUAAGGAGAGAGAUUACACUACGCUGGACAAUACUACGACGUACACAUUGGGUCGAAGACGUGAGUCGGAUUCCGACUAUAAAGUUCUACAAGUCCCAGAAACGCUUGAUGACUCGCCGCUCUUCUCUAUCGAUGGAUCCAGCUGGUCCAAGACCAAAGCAGACACGUCGUCAGUAAUGACGCUAUCAACCACUCCAUACAAAUAUCUGUAUACACCGGACUGUAAACGACUGGUAACUCAAGCACUAAGUCAGAGUGGGCGCAAUGUACAGAAGUAUCAAGCGUAUCUGGGAGACGGCCUUGGUAACUGUGCGCUCCGAGAUUCCCAGGAAACAGAUCAGCAAACACUCUGCCGGUUUGAAGAGAACCAGAAUUUACAGCAAGAAAAUCUGCGGCAGAUCGAGUGGCUCAUGAUCGAUACGACGACGUUAGCUAGAAGAAUCCGCAUCAUCGACAACACCAGUCGACAAAUCCGCACGUUCCUGCUGAUGCUCAACUUCAUUGGGGCGUCUCACUACGCUCUCCAGUACAUCUACAACCUCAAAAGUAUCUGGAUCUUCAUCAGCAAUAGCGUGUUACAGCCAGCCGCAGAGGAGCGAACGCGUCAAGCAACUAUCGACAAUAUCAACCACCAGCCAUCCCCAGUCGUUCGCCUUGGAAUUCUGGAGCUACUGAUGUGUGAUCCCGCGGAUGGAGCACUGGAACACCCACUCACCAUGGUACUAAUGUAUCUUGGCGCUAUUGGAUCGUUAAGUAACAUUUUCAGACCAGAGUGCACCGCCCAGCUGUCUACGAUCGGAGUUGGUAUAGUGAUUCACUGUGUUCCUGCCAUUCCCGUUAGCAACAUGAACCUCGUGUUAACGACACUUAGUAGCAGCUACUGGGUUAUCCGUGUGACGUUGCAGUCCCAGUCUCUGGCCAUGCGUCUGGACCACGUCGUUCGCGACAACUUCAUCCGCUUCUGGCUCACCAACGCAUGCGCAGUGCUCGUCAUCCACUUUACGUGCAAGGGGAUCGCUGAUGUCGUGUUCAAGAAUAUCAAGCUGAGCUCCGAUCCCCAUAUCUACGCCAUUCUCGGAGGACUGGCCUUGUCCUUAGCGAUCUCAUCUGGGUUUAUCCUCGUUCAUAUUGCUGGAACGGACAGAGAAAGGUUUACUACGUUUAUCAAGAAAAACUCUACCAGAUCGUUAUGGAAAGCGGCACACGACCGAGCUAUGAGCUAUCGCGCGUUCGUCGCUAGAUGGAGCACGAAAGACCUCGACUCGGUGUUAUAUCACUGCGCGUCGCCACAGAUUGCGCGUCAGUUGCAGAUUUCCAGCCUACCAGAGCAACCAGAACAUCGCGCAUGGAAGCAAGGAAGUCGAUCGGAGGACCUCGUGGACAGCCGACCACCGUCCAUUCGCAUCAAUGACUUUGUCGCUGUGCACUGCGCUGGAGGAGCACAUUUGCACUUGCAAAGUGUCAAGUGGUAUCUGAAAUCUGACGGGUGUGGUGGGGUCACAACAGCUGAAUUGAUAGUAAGGCACCCUCGGGUUUACACAGUAGAUGCCGAUUCCCCGGACGUCAGCAAGGACGCGCCGAGAUAA